AUGUUGCAUCCGAAACUGGGUCGCGUGUUGAACGUGGUCUACUGCCAUGCCGUUGUCUUCGGCCUAGUGAGCACCACCUUAAGGAUACGCUCCCACAGGAAAUGCAUACGCUUGGAGAAGCUAUCGCGAACUUACACAUUCUACAGCUUCUUUGUAGGCAUAUUCCUGUUUCUCAACUUGUACUACGUGGUGCCCCGGAUCGUGCAAGAUAGCUACAUGAAGUCCAGCAUAGUGCUGCAGUGGAGCUUCUUUGCGAUGCUCCUUCUUCGCGUCGUAGCCAUCGUCGGCUGCUAUGGAACCCUGUGGCUGGAGCGCCACCAAAUCAUUCGGCUCUAUAAGAACUCGCUGACUUAUUGGAAGAGAUUUGGACACAUAAUGAAGGCCUUAGUGGACAGGAAAGAGCUGCUCGACCUGCAAGCAAGCCUGGCCAGAAUAAUGGUCCGGAAAAUAGCAUUGCUCUAUGCCGCCUUUCUGUGCUCCACGGUGUUGCAGUACCAGUUGCUCAGUGUGAUCAACAAACAGAGUUUACUGGCUCUCAGUGCGCGGCUCACGCACUUUCUGCACUUGUUGUCCGUGAAAAUGGCUUUCUACGGCAUACUUGUUCUACUGCAUCAUCAGUUUUUGGUAAUCCAUCUGGCCAUAAACGCCCUUCAUGGCAGGAAGGCCCAAAAGAAGUGGAAAUCCUUACGCUCCGUAGCCUCUAUGCAUCUGCAAACCCUUCGAUUGGCCAGAAGGAUCUUUGGCCUGUAUGAUGUCAUUAACGCCACGAUGUUUAUCAACAUAUUUAUGUCCGCUAUUAAUAUCCUUUAUCACGCCGUCCAGUACAGCAAUAGCACCAUCAAGUCGGAUGGUUGGGGCAUCUUGUUUGGCAACGGAUUAAUCGUGUUCAACUUCUGGGGAACCCUGAUGCUAAUGGAAAUGCUGGAUAAUGUGUUAACCUCCUGCAAUAAUACUGGCCAGCAACUGAGGCAAUUUAGCGAUCUACCCAAAGUGGGCUCAAGGAUGCAAAAGGAGUUGGAUGUUUUUGCCAUGCAGCUGAGGCGGAACCGCUUGUUCUACAAAAUAGGCGGAAUCGUGGAGCUGGACAAACCAGCUUGCCUUAGUUAUAUUGGCUCCAUUCUGAGCAACGUCGUUAUCCUUAUGCAGUUCGAUUUGAGACGCCAAAGAAUACCAAACAAUGAUCACCAAUACUUUACCCAUUUUUUCAACAAAACAGAAAUGUAG